AGGUAACGUCAACAAAGUUGGUCGGGUGAAAAAAAUACACUGAAGGUCUUCCGGGAUGGCGUACGAUAUGGAUGACCAGGCUGAGUGCCCGCUGUGUAUGGAACAGUUUGAGAUGGAUGAUCUUAGCUUCUUCCCUUGCACGUGCGGGUACCAGAUCUGCCGUUUCUGCUGGCACCGGAUCCGCACCGACGAGAACGGCCUGUGCCCCGCCUGCCGAAAACCUUACUCGGAGAACCCGGCCGACUUCAAGCCGCUCACCGCCGAGGAGCUGCAGAAGAUCAAGGCCGAGAAGAAGCAGAAGGACCUGCAGAAGAAGCAGAAGAUGAGCGAGAACCGCAAGCACCUGGCCAACGUGCGGGUGGUGCAGAAGAACCUGGUGUUCGUGGUGGGGCUGUCGCCGCGGCUGGCCGACCCGGACGUGUUAAAACGUCACGAGUAUUUCGGCAAGUUCGGCAAGAUCCAUAAAGUAGUGAUAAACCAUAGCACGCAAUAUGCUGGCUCUCAGGGCCCCAGCGCUAGCGCCUACGUCACCUACUACCGGUCGGAGGACGCGUUACGGGCCAUCGAGGCCGUCAACAACGUGACGGUGGAGAACCGCACGCUGAAGGCGUCGCUAGGCACUACCAAGUACUGUUCGCACUUUAUGAAAAACCAGCCCUGUCCGAAGACGGACUGCAUGUACCUGCAUGAACCGGGCGAUGAGGCGGCCAGCUUCACGAAGGAGGCCAUGCAGCAGGGAAAGCACCAAGAGUACGAGAAAAAGCUUCACGAUCAGCUUUAUCAACAACACCAAAAUCAAAUCAACCGGGCGAAAGACCGGCGGUCCCACCAGUCGCAGUCUGAGUCCGGCUCGGUGCCCAUCCCGCCCGGCUCGGAGCGCGUGAGCAGCGCUGAGAACAGCCCUCCCGACGGCGGCUCGGCCGGCUCGGCCGGCUCGAGCGGCGGCGGUGGCGGCGGCGGCGGUAGUGGCGGCGGCGGCGGCAGCUCCACCUCCAACGGUAGCUGGCCGCUGCUGCAGGCGACCAAGAAGUCGCGCGGCCGCAAGGGUCGUAAGCGGAACGCUGGCGGCCAGAGUCCGAGCGUGGUGGUGGCGAGCAAUCACUCGGACGACGAGAACAGCGCCGGCUCGCGGGAGCGCCAGACCGACAGCAGUCGGUCGACGCCGCUCUCGCAGUCGGCCCCGCCGCUGCAGGUGGGGCCGGCCGCCACGCCGCCGCCCGAGCCGCCCGCUCAGCCGUCUCCUCCGCCGCCUCCGCCGGCGCCGGCGCCCGUGCCCGUGCCCGUGCCGGCGCCCGAGACGACCGCCCCCACGCCGCCGCCCGAGGAGGACGACUGCCCGCUGGACGGCGCCGACGACGAUCUCGACUUUGACCCGUUCGAGGAGACCAAGAAGGGGCUGGGUGCGCUGCUGGAGCAUCUAUGUGGCAGCAAGAUGCUGCCCUUCCUCAAUAAUAGCGCUAUGAACGGUAUGAACGGGUUGAACGGACUGAGCCGGCUGCCGCCGGGUCGGCCGCGGGCGCUCUCUCCGCCGGACAGCCUCUUCUCGGACCUCUCCAGCAUGAUGAUGCACGGCCAGAGCAAGCCGCCGCCGCCGCCGCCGCUGCAGGCGGCGUGUCAUGACGCUCUCAAGGACUGGCACGGCCUGAAGAAGCACUUCCCCAACAUCAACAUCUCGUUCAGCAGCGCACACUUCUAG